GCCUCACACCACUCUCUUCCCUACAGUAGGUGGCGGUGUAUGCACCUUAAAGUUGGAUGCAAUCCGACAACCAAAUCCAAAAGAAGAAGAAUUAAAGCAGGAAGUGAAUAGCUCGAGCGUUGGUUUAUUUUCCUCGUUGACAUGUGGCUCUAUAGACCGUAAAAUUCCCAAAUUACAGAUGGAGUUGAAUACGUUUCUUACUCAGCGGUUAACAGCGGCCGCUGUGGAGAUAUCGGCUGUCUUUGAAAAAAAGAUUGUCGAGUACCAGGUUGAAAUCUCCCGUUCGAAGGAGGAGAACAAACGUCUACAGCGGCUGUUGGAUUUGGUUUUCCACCCGGAAAUCAAGUUACAUCGAGCAGACUCCCAGCAGCUCUCUCUUCCUGCCUCUGAAGAGGAGGUUCCUCCUGAACAGCAGCACUGUGAGCAGGAGAGUAGCCCCCGUCAGUGGCAGGAGGACCCAGAGCCCACACAGAUUAAAGAGGAACAGGAGGAACUCAGGACCAGUCAAGAGGAGGACCAGCCUCAAGGGCUGGAACCUGAUACCAAAGACGUCUUAAUCCCUGCCUGUGUGAAAAGUGACUAUGAACAGGACCCACCUCUGCCCUCACAUCUUGACCAAACCUUGGAGAACAGAGCGAGGGACUCUCUACCCACCAACACAACUGAACAGAUCAAAACAGAACCUGAUGAAGAGGAUUACAGCAUAUCAGAACCAACCAGGGACUCUCAGCUCCUCUCUGAAGCCCAGGCAGAAAACAUAGACAAACGUGUUGAUGGGAUGGAGAGACCCAUUCCCCCUCACUUCUCUCCAGACUCCCAGCAGCCCUCUCUCCCUGUCUCUAAAGAGGAGGUUCCCCCAGAGCAGCAGGAGAGAAGCCCCAGGCUGGGUCUGGAGGACCCAGAGCCCACAAAACAAGAGGAACUCUGGACGAAUCAGGAGGAACAGCAGCUGGAAUCUGACAGCAGAGUAUCAGAACCAACCAGUGACUCUCAGCUCCUCUCUGCAGUAAAUCCAGACUGUUCUGCAGCUCAGAGUGAAAACGGUAAAGUUCAUCAGAGUCCCAGCACUUCUUCAGAACAAGAUUCUAGUAACGUGGAAUCAAAUGAAGCAUCUAGUUUCUCUACCUGGAGUGAGGAAAACAUCUCCGUAACAGACAGCAACUCUUCAGACAGUAGCUCCUGCACUAAAGAAGACUCUGAGGCACGUAAACCAGCGAAGAGAACAUGCCAUUCUAGUGGUGUGUUGAAUGAACCAUCUGAUUUGUCCAACUUAUGUGAUGAAAACAACCCGGGGACUGAGAUCAGCCCUUCAGACGGCAACAAAGACAUGAACAUCCAAACAGACUCUGGGGCUCAUAAUCCAGCUAAGAGGAUAUGUCAGAGGGUGCAUGAUGUUGCCGUAGCAAGACGUGGGAGUGGAGAGAUGGCCUCCUGUUCCCGUCCCAAAGUGGCAGGAUCCACUCGAUGUUACACCCACUGCUUGCACUGUCAAGGUCUGUACAUUCGAAAGUCACUACGGAAGCAUGUCAGAUACUGCCCUCUGAACCCCAAAGCUGAAGAACCAAAACCUGGACCAAAGAUGAGGAUUCAGUCAGCAAUGGCGUUUAAGAUGCGUCCUCAACCCGACUACGUCAGCACAGGUCUUUGGAAGAUAGUUUGUGGUAUGAACUCCGACCGAGUUUCAUUUGUGGUUAGAAAUGACAAAUGUAUCCUCCUCAUGGGAGAGGAUCUGUACAACCAACUACAGCCAGAUGACAGAAGAAACCGAUACAUUCAACGAAGAAUGAGAGAGGUGGCAAGACUCCUCAUCACGGCCAGGACGUGUACACCUCUGAUGUGCUUUGAGGACUUGGUCAUACCUAGUAAUUUACCUCACGUCAUCACGGCAGUGAGAGCUGUAGCUGGCUACAACGAGGAGAACAAAACGUACGACCGUCCGACCCUGGCUGUUCAAAUGGGAUACAACUUAAUGAACAUUGGCAGCGCUGUGGAAUCCUGUGCACUGACGGCAGGACGACACAAAGUCGCGGAGUCUGCUGGCAAAUUCAAAAGUUUCAAGUGGAAUGAGGUUGUUUUGGCUGGAGCACUGUCCACUCUCAGUGAACCCCAAAAUAAAUGCGCCCAGCCGGCCCGUCGCACAGGCGCCCAGCCGGCCCGUCGCACAGGCGCCCAUCCGGCCUGUUUCCCAGCUGAGCCGGCGCCCAGCCAACCCGUCGCACAGGCGCCCAGCCGGCCUGUUUCCCAGCUGAGCCGGCGCCCAGCCAACCCGUCGCACAGGCGCCCAGCCGGCCUGUUUCCCAGCUGAGCCGGUGCCCAGCCAACCCAAAGCAACAUUGUGAGAUUAAAGUGGAUCGUUGAUGAGGUAGCAGCAUUAGAGAAACACAUGAUGCCGUUCAUAAAGAGUGGCCAAGUUCCUGAAAAGAAGGACUGCCUCAAAUGCCUCCAGUCAGAACCUGUGGCGCUCAAAAGCAGAAACUGGUCGGGCAUUAAGUUUUAUGUAAAUAGAGUCAAACAGAGACAGAGUACUGCAGCAAACUUGGGAGACCGCGGCCCUGACGGGUACUUCAAAUCAGGUCCAGAGACUGUCAACGCAACACCUUAGCCAUUGCGUUUCCCAGUCAGACUUCGAACCAGCCAGGGAUUUGAACCAGCAACUUUGUGUGUGGUGGUGGGGGGGUUACAGGUACCAAUAUUUAAAUUCAUAUUCUGUUCCUAUAUUUUAUAUUCAUUAGUUCACACAUUGUACCUGUGGGUUGCCACUAAAAACAUUGAAGAAGAAAUUAACUUCGCCAUUUCCUGGUUGGUAAAAUUCUAACAGUAAACCUAAUUUCAGUUUGUGACAAAACCAGCCAGUAUAGUGUAGAGGAUCAUGGUCCGUCUAAACCGCUGUGAAAUAUAUUUUCCAUAAACAAAAAUAUUGUAUUUUUUUCGUCUGUUUUGAAGCUGGUGUACGAAACUUAAGAACGGGAAACAUAGAAAUAGGGCACAUAGAACAGAUCUACCGGCUUCCUAGACUUGCUUUCAGUGAGAGUGACAGAUCUAUAACUGUAAGUAGAGACGGAGUCCUCCAUCGGGAUCUUGAGAGGCAGUAGGGCUUAUUUGGUUUCGAUGCAUUUUUUGUAAUUUGAGAUUAAACUGAAUUUUUAUCUAUGAUCUUCAAUGCAUUUGGGAGCAAUAGAGAGACAUUGUCUAGAUAUAGUACAAUAUCGUCUGCGUAUUGGUGUUAUUUUAUUUGAUUGAUGAAUGGCCUGGGCCAGGGGGUUCCCAUGGAUAAUAAAAUAACAAAGGAGAAAUUGAUCGCCUAGUCUGCUUCUUCUAGUGAUUCUGAACAGAGCAGAUAUUGCCUGUUAUAACUAUGGCUGAGGGGAUUGGCAUAUUAAUUAAAUUAGAGCCAUUUUUCAAGACCGACCAGAGAUCUAGCCAUUCUAGUUGAGUAAAAGCUUUUUCUGUAUGGAGAGAUGAAACAGCCCAAGGACCUGUUGAUUCUGAUGAAGCAUCGAAGAUAUGGAAUAGUCGACGGAUCUAAUCCGAGGAUAUAUAUAUAUUUUUUUUUACAAACCCGCUUCGGUCCUUGUGGACCAAUUUGAAUACGUAAGUCUUGAGACGGGAUGACAAUUUUAGUAGACAGUUUUAAUAUCUGUGUUUAUCGAAGAUAGGGGGCGAUAGAGAGUACACUGGGUGACAUCCUUUCUUUAUUUUUGUAAAGGUGAAAUUAGUGCUCUAUUUACAUUUCUCCCAAAUGAACCUUUGUGUGAACAGCUGUGUUAAUCAUUUAGAGCAAUAGUGGACCUAAUUGAGACCAGCGACAUGUUGGUUCCAGGCCUGUCUCUCUAACGCGAGGCUACCUGAUACCCCUAAGGACAUGUUACAUAAACUCAAUCUAUUUUCAGAUCAAACUACUGUAUUUUCCUGUAUUAAUGUUACUAUUGAAUGAUUAUCAUUGUGAAAUCUUCUGCUUUGUUGUACAUUUCCACUUUUAUGGAUUGAAUUGGGCAGGAUGCAUUCCUUUCUCUAAUAUGUUAUAGAGAUACCCAUAUCAGAUUUAAUGCCAGAGAUCAUGUCACAUUGCUACUUAAAGCCCCAUGCAGUAUUUAAAAAAUAUAUAUUUAAAUCAUCACUGUAUGAUUACUAAAUCACUGUUUAUUUCAGUAAAAUAACACCAUAUUUUAAAAAAU